GAAAUUGAACAGUUUUUUUUUCGCUUUGAUGGUAGCCGUUGAAGAAUUUAUCAACACCAGCCAAAAUUUUACAAGUCUUCAUUGUUCUCCAAAUUCAAAAGACGAAUCUUUGUCUAAGAAAAAAAAAAGACGGGAAGUUUCCGAAAAUCCAGAGACUCCUGUGAGGUUUUAUAUAACCUGAGAACCAGCAAAAAACUCGACCUUCAUCAACAGAAAGUAGAACGACAGCAAAGCCAAACAAUUUUGAAAAAAUAAGCUAAGAUGAUGCAGACUCGAAAAUCAAUGAUAGAUAAUAUUUCAAUAGAAAAUUCUCAUACUGAUGACAUGCAAAGUUCUGAAUCUGAUAACACUGUCUAGAUUGGUCCGUAUGAUGACAGCUUCCCAAAUUCUCCGAAAAGGACAAAUGCUGAUAUUGACAAUGAAGAAAAAAAUAGAUCGGAAUUUAAGAACGAUGAAAGAGAUUUAAAUCAUCCUUCUAGAAGAAUGUCCGAAGCAAUCGGAAUUAACCACGUAAUACAAUCAUCAACAUCUCGAAGACAAUGGGCACCGGAAAGGCGUGAACAAUCCAACAAUCCAUCGCCGGGAUGCCUAGGACCCCCACUGUUUAGACAAAGGAAUUCGACGCUUGACGUGGUUCAAGAUUUGACUAAUGAGUAUGAAACCGUAUUGGUUAAUAAUUCGAACAAGAAAAAAUUCCUUAGAAAAAGAGUCAAGAACUCUAAAGGUUCCACAGAUAAUGUGGCGAAAAAAGCACGAGCAGAGGGAGCAAAGGAAGCUGGGCGAGCAGGAAUAACUAUAAAGCCUCGAGUAAUGAAGUCUGGAUGUUUAGCAAACUGUCGAAAAGCUUGUUUCAAUAAUAUUUCUAACGAUUAUCGGCAAUUAGCUUUCGACCAGUAUUAUGAAUUGGCAGAUAAGAACUGGGUAAUACGAAUAAAGUCAUCUCACUCGAGUGAUGUAGAAGCUAGCAUCACAAAGAGGACUUCAGACGUUGUUCAAUACGACUUCAGGAAUUUCUUAUCAGUGUUAACGCACAGCGAAAUAAAAAUCAAAAGAUAUGAACGCAGUCAUGGAAGAUGAUUUGUUAGGAAAACAUGAUAUUCGUCCGUUUAAAUAUCCAGAGGAAAUGAAAGAAUCAGUUCGUCAACACAUUAAAAGUUUUCAAAAAAGGUUUAAAUGUGAAAAAAUGUACUCCAUGUAUAAACAACAUGUCGGAAAAAAAAUGACGACCCUACAUUAGUUAGUAGCAGUAUGUAUGAAAGUAUUUUUAACAAAGAGUUUAAUUUUGGAUUUUUCAAAAAGAAAAAAGAUCGUGAAAAUUCUGAGAAGCCACCUGAAAAUCGAACAUAAAUAGAUGCUCAUGAAUGUCACGUUAAUAGUAAAAUAAAAUCAAGGAGGCUCAUGACAGCAGAUAGAGAUAAAGCCAAUAAUGAAACAACAUUUUGCUGUACAAAUUACGACAUGCAAAAAAUCUUGACAACGCCUAAAUCUGACAUUUGCACGAUAUACUACAAAAGUAAGCUCUGCGUUUGGAA